AUGGGACAAACUCUCAGCGAGCCGAUAACCAAGAAAGAGUCUGCAUCAUGUGCCAAUGAAAAUUAUUUGGUUGGAAGCAGCUGCAUGCAAGGAUGGCGCGUUGAUAUGGAAGAUGCUCACACUCAUCUUCUUUCGCUUCCGGAUGAUCCGGCUUGCGCAUUCUUCGCCGUAUACGAUGGACACGGUGGAUCGAGAGUCUCGCAGUGCGCUGGAAUUAAUUUGCAUAAGAAAAUCGUGUCUCGUCCAGAAUUCGCCAAAGGAGACUUGAAGACUGCAAUUGAACGCGGCUUUCUCGAUUUGGACGACCAAAUGAGAAAUGACGAAGAAAUGAAGGACGAUAUUAGUGGAACAACUGCUGUAGUUGUUCUCAUUAAAAACGAGACCAUUUACUGUGGAAACGCCGGAGAUUCUCGCGCCGUCUGUUCGGUUUUGGGCGAGGCCCGGCCACUCAGCUUUGAUCACAAGCCUGCCAAUCAACUCGAGGCCGAGCGAAUCGUCGCUGCCGGUGGCUGGGUCGAAUUCAAUCGUGUCAACGGAAAUCUCGCUCUGUCGCGUGCGCUCGGCGAUUUUCUUUUCAAAAAGAAUGAGGGGAAACCUGCCGAGGAGCAGGUUGUCACCGCUCUUCCAGAUGUGAUCAUCGACAAGUUGACACCCGACCACGAAUUCAUUGUCCUUGCGUGUGACGGAAUUUGGGACGUCAUGUCAAAUCAAGAAGUCGUUGAUUUCGUCAGAGAGCGAUUCGCCCAAAAACGCGAUCCACAGGCGAUUUGCGAAGAAUUGCUCAUCAGAUGCUUGGCUCCAGACUGCCAGAUGGGCGGACUCGGAUGCGACAACAUGACGGUUGUCAUCGUUGGUUUGUUGAAUGGAGAACCAUCAGAGAAAUUAUUCGCGAAAUGCGCAAGAAGUGCUUCGUCUCCGAGAACGACAAAUGGAGUCGUUUCAUCAACUGAAUCGAGCUCAACUCAUACCGCAGACGAUGAUGAUGAUGAACCAGCUCCAUCAGACUUCCAAAUUCCGUCGUAA